AUGGUUUUUCAACCUUUUACGAGUAACAGACAACGCAGGAUCACCAAGGUCCCUUGGAAAAUGAGUCCAGAGAGCAGGACCCAUUACGGAGAAAUUUCUUCGACCGAAAACCAAGUGACAAUAGGUAAAUUAGACAGUCCAUGUGAAAUAAAAAAAGACUUGACAAUCAUGGAGGAAGCCACCUUGACAUUGAAGCCUGGAUCACGACUUGUUUUCCGACCAUCUGUGACUCUUGGUAUCAAUGGCACGUUGAUUGCUCAGGGAACACCAGAUGAGCGAAUUGUUUUCACAAAAUCAUCUCUGGAGAAUUUGAACCAACCACGAUGGCCCGAUGACAUUCGUCUGGUGGAAGACUUCAGUGUGCACCUGGGCAGGCUGGAACUUCUCUUCAAUGGAAAGUGGAGAGGUGUCUGUGCCAAUUUCGUCAAUUGGACCCAGGCAGAUGUUGACGUGGCUUGCAGACAGCUGGGAUUCGAGACAGGCACUUUCGCCUUCCUUCCCUGGACAUACAACCACACCUUGUACAUGCUCUAUCAUGCCCCAUCAUGUGCAGGCAAGGAGAGCAGUGUUAAACAGUGUCCCGGCUACUCUAAAGUCAAGAUUGGAUUUGAUAUUUGUCACCACCAACGAACCAUCCAUCUCCGUUGUAAGGGUCUGUCCCCACAUAACCCGGCUAAAAAUGAGUUCUGGUCCGGUAUUGAAUUCUACAACACAACAACUCGCAAGGUCAUCAAUGGCCACAUCAGCACCAAUGAAUCCACUUCCGUUCUCCAAUUUGUUGACAUCCUCUAUGCCGGAUCAGGAAAGGAUGGAAAUGCGAUCCCAUCUCUGAGGGCGGACCCGCACGUGCCCCAUCUUUACAACGUUCGAAUCCUCCACUCUGCUCUUGACGCCAUCAACUUCACCAACGUACAUUCAACCACUGUCGUCCACAAUUCCACCUUUGAAAAUAACAGAGGCUGGUUGCUUCAGUUUGGGCACGGCAUCGCAAUUGAGAGCCAUCUGGGUCACGUGACGCUCACCGAUAACAUUUUCACGUCAAAUUAUGGAAACGGAGUGAAAGUGAAAUUUCUGUCCGGUCGUUACGUCAUAUACGAUAAGGAGGCCACAUUUUGUGACCUGUCCCACCUGCGUCUUCAAACAUUUCCACUGGUCAUCCACGGCAUACCAAAUUUUUCAUACGAGUGCCUCAAGAGAUUCACGACGGUGGUGGGGGAGAGACUGACCAUGAAUGUCCUCGAGAUGGACAUUGAACCAGGCUACCAAGGCAAGUUGGUUGUUCACGACGGCUCCGACCAGACCUAUCCCAUCCUCGGCUCCUACGAUAUAAUUAAUGGAACCUUGCCUAUGGGGGUUACAUCGACGUACGACAACAUCUUCAUCAAGUUCACCUGGUCUCCGAGGUUUUCCAGGUCGUGUGAGACGUUGAAGACCUGCAUCAAGUUCACAAUUGUCAUCGAUUCCGCUGUUGCCUCAGCUCCAGAAUUUUUCAUGAACAACACUCUGGUGACGAACAACAUGCAACAUGGCCUCUUCAUUGAGAACUUGAGGAACUACGUGAUAGUCAACGCAAGCAACAUCACUCACAACAGAUAUGGGGCCGGUGUGAGAGUUUACGGCGGUGCAGGCGAUGUGCUGAUAAACUCCUCACUGGUCGCUUACAAUAUGGACAAUGGUGUCAACAUUACAGUGGAAGGGGGCUGGAGGAUCUUCAACAGGUCCUCGUUCAACUUCAACCUGGGCAACGGCGUCAACAUCACUUUCAACGAGACCAACAUUGACAACAAGACCAGAUACGCCAGACAUCAGCGAACCGAGGUUUCCUUUUCGACUUUUGUCGGCAACAUAGGUCACGGCCUGAGUGUGGCGAAUUUUUGUAGGUCUGCCCUUCAUGUUGUCAACGACAGCUUCUUCCUUGACAACCACAAGAAUGGAAUCGAGUUCUUGACUUGCUACAACAAUAUUCCUCUUCAAAACAUGACAAAUAUCACAAUUGGGUACAACAUAUUUCAGGGAAACAAGGACCAUGCCAUCAGGAUGUCUCCCAUGUUGAAUGCGGUCGGCAGGAUCGCCAACAACACCUUCAAACAGCACAAAAAACGCGUUCUUCUCAUUGACAAUUCCGACGAUUUCCGAAGACUGAUGUUCCUCCAGGGGAUGGCGGUGGACUAUGAAGUGGAGGGAAACAACUUCCUACAAAACAGUGGCCAGUAUGUCGCCUUCCUCAGACUAUCGCAGGGAAGUCUUCUCCAGAAAUUGAUAUUCAGGUACAACUUUCUGGAAGAUAAUGUGAUAAAAAGUGGACUGGAGGGAUUGAACGAGCGGAUAAGGUCACAUGCGGUUCUCGUCGUCUCCUCGGACAAUGUUGUCCUGAAGAGGAACCACCUGAUAAACAGAGAGUCCACGUACGAACUCUCCACACAUCUUCUCGAGAUGAACGCCAACAUCCAAGCAUCUGAACAGUGGUGGGGAACUACAAACUACAGUUACGUGAUCGAGAGAAUAUUCGACCAGGCCUUUCGAUUCAAUCUGGCUCGCAUUCUCUACCAUCCAUCGCUGGAGUAUGCCUGGCUCUACGGGCCAGUCCUCACUGACAGGAACAUCGAGAUUGAGGUCGAGUUUGUUAGAGGUUCCAAACUUGGAGGCAGGUUGACCAGGGAGUUCACGACAUCACCAGGCCACACCUACUACGUCGAUCGGGAUAUCAGUGUUAAACCUUUUGGAAAACUCAUCGUCAAGCCAGGGACAGUGUUCGAAUUUGAAAACUCACUCGGCUUGUUGAUACAAGGACAGGUUGAAUUCGAUGGGUCCGCUGAAAAUCCUAUCGUGAUGAAGUUAAAAAAUGAAUCGUUGGCGCAUACUGCGUCGACGUUUGAUGGCUUUUCUGAAGAUGAUGGUUGCAAGUUCGCAGGAAUGAAUCUGAUGCCUGGUCCACUGUCUGCAAUGAGGUUCUUCCCCAGAAAUUUAUAUGCUCUUGAAUUUAGAAAUAUGGAAGAGAUUCUCAAUUUUUUUAUGCAAAAUGUUCUGAAUGACUUUGAGCAUCCUAUAUGUGGCAAAGAAAUAUUUUCAAAUGAACGGAAGAAAAAUAAUUUUCAGGGAUGGACAAUGAGGGAUGCGGCAGUGGCCUGCAACAUGAUGGGCUUCGUCAUACGUCCUGAUGACUGGAAGGUCAAGGUUGUCAAACCGAAGACCAGCAGUUUGAAUCUGGACAUCAGGUUGAGUCACGUGAGCUGUGGUGACUUGGAUGUUAACUUGCUAGCGUGCGAGAGUCAGACGGAGCACUCGUGUGAUCAUACGCAAGACGUUUAUGUCAGAUGUCAUCAUCCCGCCUGGUCUGGGGUAAGGUUUUUGGGGAGUGCGUCAUCCAGUCGAAUGUCUCACGUGGUGAUUGAGGGGGCAGGCCUGAAUGACCCAUCGGUGCCCGUGUACGUCCCUGCCCUGAAAAUCGACUACAACGUGCAUGCCCUCAACCACCUCAGCAUCAGAAACAAUGCUCACGACGGCUUACAAAUCAUGAAGAAUGAUGCAUACGGUGGCUGCCACUUGAGGAGCUCAGCAGUCAGCAGCAACCAAGGUGUUGGUCUCUCCGUCAGAGAUUCCUUCUUUGAAGUUUCCAAUUGCGUCAUCAAGAACAAUUCCAAGGAGGGGUUGGAGUACAAUCCAACAAUGACGUCAUAUGAAGCACUGCAGGUGAGAGCAGGUGUGCACAAGUACAUCACUCUGAAUGAAACGAGGAGCAUCAUGCUGAAAGACCAUGAGGUCAUCUGGGUUAUGACGAAGAGGCAAUACACUAAAGAGAUAAAAAGUUUCAUGAUUGAGUUUAUGGUCACUCAACAUUUCAGGGUAUAA